GGGACGAGCAGGCAGCUGAUGCUAACUGAGGGGCAGGAGCCCCUCAAGAAGCCCACUGCAGGGGUGCCCAGCCCUGGCCCAUUUCCUGGAGGGACACGGAGGGCACACGCAAAUUAGGAGAAGGUGGACAGUGUAUUUGCAGAGCAGCUACCCAGACAUGGGUGGGACGCGGGGGACCCUGAGGGCGGGGGCAGGAAUCUAGAGCUCAAAGCAGCAGAGCUGAGCACCCUAGGUCAGAGGGUCAAGGGGAGGACCUGUUCCAGCAUGUAGAGGGGGGACUGUGUAGGUGAGGCCCCCCAGGGACUAUAGGGGGGACCUGGCCAGCACAAAAUAACCUUGAUUCACCUCCCAGCUCCUGCUGGGCCCCCCUGGGGCAGAGCCCAACUGGGCAGGGGGCCCGGGGCCCCUUGACAUCGUCCACGCAGUUUGAGCUCCCUCCGUGGUCAGCAGGGUGGAGGCUCUGAAGACCUGGAGAUUCUUUCUCCUCCCCUGAGGACAGGGGUCUGGGGUUAGGAAGCUCCCUGGAGGCAGGAACCUGACCGGAGACUGGGCCUGGGGGAGAUGGUCAGCAGCCCUGACCAACCAAAACCAGUGAGAGUUUACUGGAAGGAUACUGGGGCUCCUGGAUUAGCAGGAAGCUGGAGAACCAAGAGAUUGGGAACGGGGGCAGGUCCGGGGGUCUGGUGAACAGGAACAGAACAAGAACCUCCAAGGGGAAGUGUUGGGUCUGAGUCAUGCUGGGGGUAUUAGCUCCAACCAGCCCCUGAGUCCUAGCCCUCCUCCUCGAGGCUCAGACCCCAGGGCAGGCCAUGGGGGCUGCUGGGCAAGGGCAGGCCCCCACACCUGUGCCCCUUGGCCUUCACAGCGUGAUGCUGGGAGGGGGUGAGGCCGGGAAGCCAGACAAGGCUCCAGGCCUGAGUGCCCGCUGCAGCCGUGGACAAGGCCGGCGAUGCCACCCACACAACCCCCGGGCUGCAGACAUGCUGGCAUGGUACAGAGGCCCCGGGUUUUAGCGGACCUGCAGGCCAAAGCGACCUUCCUCCCUCAUUUAUCCACAGCUAUGAACUGAGCACCUUCUGCAGCCGGAGCUGGGGAAUCAGAAGCCAACAGGCCACCUGCAGCUCCUGUUGUCCCCGAAUUUAUAGUGUGUGGAGCAGAGACAAUAAAUAAACCCAGAAGAAAAUGCGGAUUAAGCUCAAAGCCUGGAGGAAAGAGACGGGGGUGGGGUAUAGACUGGGGUUUGAGGAGGGCUGCUUGGAGGAGGCAGAGGCCACAAGCUGCCCAGGGAGAAGCAGGCUCCGAGCUGGUGCCGGAAGAGCCACAGGGCCAGGGGGCUGGAUUUUAUCCUCUGUGCUAUGAUGACUCCGGAGACUUUUAAGCAGGGGUGCAUCAGAUUUAUGCCCACUGUGUGGCCGAGGACAGAGGGAGCCAACGGUGGCUGGGCCGCAUUGAAGACGGUCAGGGACGGGCUGGUGGCGGGUGUGUCUUCCGUGGGUUGAGGGGUUGCCCUGCACCUGGGAGGCUUCUCGGGGGGGUCUGCAGGUUGUUGUCUGUCCCUUGGUCCUUGCUGAGCCUUGGUCCUGUGGUUGGUGUGGGCGUCUGUCCCUCGGUCCUUGCUGAGCCCGGCGGUCCUGUGGUUGGUGUGGGCAUCUGUCCUGCCCCCACACUUUUCCUUGGAGCUCUGGCCUUGGAGUGGGGUGGGGAGGACUUGGCACUCCUUUGGCCUUUCUGUCCCCCAACCCGAGAGGUGCGUUUGGGGGAAGAUUUCGUAGGUAUUUGUAGCUCGUAUAGAUGCGUUUUAAACAACGAGGUCUAAUUUGCACGUAGCAGAACUCACUUUUUACUGUCAGCUCUGCAAGUUUAUAGACAGACGCAGGCCCUGCCACGGCUGGGCAUCUUCCCGUUCCUGGGGACUGGCCUAUUCUGGAAGGUUCUAGAAAGGAAUCCCCAUCUGCAGUCUUCCUGAAAAGGCCUCUCUCACUCAGGAAUGCAUCUGGGAUUUGUCUAAGCAUGUUACCUGAGUGGAUGGUUUGUUCUUUCCAUGCCCUCCUGCCACGGAGGACCUGUCAUCCUGGUAGCCGCGGGAGACACUUGGUGGCUUCUGCUUUUUGGUGGUGGUGCGUAGAGCCCUCCAAACACCCACGAGCAAGGGUUUGCCAAAGUUUUCAUUUUUCUCGUGUAAACACCGAGGUGUGUGAUCGUCAUAUUGUCCGGGAAAUGAGUGUGUCCCUUUCUGAGAAUUGGCCACACGCUGGCGUCCCGGCAGCGAGUCCUUGCUGGAUGGCGACUGGCCGCUCCCAGAGCUGCGGCGUGUCUCAGAGCAGCUUCGCCUUACGUGUCCCCUGACUCACGGACGCAAGUUCACGUGUUUAUUUUCCAUCUGGACGUCGUCUUGGGUGAAGUGGCUUUUCAAAUCUGUUGCCUGUUUUUUUUUUUUUUUUUAACUUGGGUUGCUUAUUUUUCUUAUCAUUGCAUCUUGAGAGUUCUUUACAGAUUCAGGAUUUAAGUCUUUUAUCAGAUGCGUGUUCUGUACAUAUUUUCAAGUCCCAGUAACUCUGGGACCUGGCCAGAGCUGGGAUCCCCUGAAACCCAGAGCAGGCAGCACUCAGAAGCCCUCUGCUUCUCCCCUCCUUCCCUGCUGGGGGACGUGGGUCUUUCUCUGGAGCACUUAGCAGUGCACGCCCCUGAUCAGAGGCCACCAGGUGGUCCUCCAGUGGAGUCUCUGUUGCUCUGUCUGUGUGCACACGAGAGGUCACUCGGGAGGCCUUGCCAGUGACCCCCACCAGCCCGGGGCGCCUCCCUGGCGACACUCGGGGCUGCGCGCUUAUGCAACCGUUGAUAAGGUGGCUGUGACGCCAUAAUCCACCCCUAAGUGGCGGCUCAGCUCCGCCCUCCAGACGGGCCCGCUGGAGGCUCAGUUGGUGGCUGCGGAGGGGGCGGUGGGGUCCAGAGUGAGGGGCACCCCGGCCUCUGAUGUCCCCUCGGUCACAGCUGGGCUGGCCAGUGGUGACUCCACUCCUGUCGGGGGGGAGUGAGUGAGGACUUUGGGGGCCCAGACCCUGAGUAGGGGCCUGCUGGCUAGAGCACCCCCAAGCACUCUGGGCCCCCGGCCCCAGCAGUCUGGAGGUGGAUGGAGGCCAAGAUGAGGUCUCUGCUUGGUCCUAGGUGACUGGCUGGCAGGUCUGGAUCGGGAGAGGUGAGAGGUGAGAGCCUGCCUCUCUGGAGCCCUCCAGGAAAUGACCCCUGGGGCUGGUGGGGGACCUUGGGUGAUUGUGCGGGACAAUGGACAAAGAGGGCUGAAUUUCCAGAGCCACAUGCCUUCUGCUGCCCGACUGCUCCUCGGCGGAGCCCAGCUGGUGGGCUGGGCUAUAAAGCCUGGCCUCCUGGGGCUCGGAUUCAGGUGCCAGGGGCUGGAGAGCAGGCAUGGUGAUGAAGUGCGUCCAGCUGGGCCAGGUCCUGGUGCUGCUCUGGGUGUCCGUGGCUUGGGCUGAGGUCCUGGUGCAGCCCGAUUUUGAUGCUAAGAAGUUCUCAGGCCUCUGGUACGUGGCCUCCAUGGUCUCCGACUGCAAGGUCUUCCUGGGCAAGAAGGACCACCUGCUGAUGUCCACCAGGGCCAUCAAGGCCAUGGUGGGGGGCAACCUCAGUGUCCACAUGGAGUUCCCUCGGGCUGAUGGCUGUCACCAGGUGGAUGCUGAGUACCUGAGGGUGGGCUCUGAGGGCCACUUCAGAGUCCCAGCCCUGGGCUACCUGGACGUGCGCAUCGUGGACACAGACUAUAACUCCUUUGCCGUGGUCUUUAUCUACAAGGAGCUGGAGGGAGCGCUCAGCACCAUGGUGCAGCUCUACAGCCGGACCCAGGAAGCAAGUCCCCAAGCUGUGAAGAUCUUCCGGGACUUCUACCCCACCGUGGGGCUCCCGGACGACAUGAUGGUCAUGCUGCCCAAGUCAGAUAUGUGCUCCUCUGGGGACAAGGAGGCUCCCUGACACCUGCGGAGACCCACCUCGGCCCUUCCCAGGGUGAGCUGGACCAGCAGACCUUGUCGUCCCGAGUUGUCUGGACCCACCAUCCUCCUGGGUCACCCCCUUUUCUUCAUGCCCGGACCUCCCUCUUCCACUCAAUAAACAUAUUCUGCAGUCUAGAGGCCCCUCACUUCUUUGC